CUCUUUCAUCAUAAGUCAGGGCCAGGUAGGUAGCUUUUGCAAUGCAGGAAUCUCCGUCAGUCCUUUGGCUCUGGUGAAAGUCUCUUAUCAAGGGCACCAGGCGAGCACCUCAAUGUCUCAGGCCUGUAGCAACCAAGCUGAGAGACUUGCCGAGUGACGAAACUGAGCCUCAGAGCCAGCCGGGUCUGGGAGCAGGAUUGCCUCCACGGGAAAUGGAGCUGAGAUUCCUUGGCAGAAAAGCUGCUCUAGCUUUGGAGCUGUUUCUGUUCUCUGUUUCCUUUCUGCAAGAGAUACCUGCUAAAGAAGUUAAUCUUCUGGACACAAGCACCUCUCAGAAUGAGCUAGGCUGGUUGCCAGACCCUCCAGAUUCAGGGUGGAGCGAGGGGCAGCAAAUGAUCAAUGGGACUCCUGUAUAUAUGUACCAGGAUUGCAGCGUCCUCUCUGAAGGAGACACUGACCACUGGCUCCGCACAAACUGGAUCUUCCGAGGGGGGGCCCCUUCUCGCAUCUUCGUGGAACUGCAAUUCACCAUUCGAGACUGCAAGAGUUUCAGAGGAGAAAUGGUGAGCUGCAAGGAGACAUUCAACCUCUACUACAUGGAAUCAGAGCAAGAUGUUGGCAUCCAGUUCCACCGUCCUCUCUUCACUAAAAUCAACACUGUGGCAGGCGACAACAUUUUCACAGCUCGAGAUGUUGAGGUCGGCUCGCUGAAAUUGAACAUGGAAGUAUGCUCCAUUGGGAAGCUACAGCAGCGUGGUUUUUAUCUGGCUUUCCAGAACUCAGGAGCUUGCGUGGCCUUGGUUUCAGUGAGAGUUUAUUAUAAAACCUGUUCAGAUACCAUUAGUGGAUUGGCCCAUUUCCCAGAGACACUUUCAGGUGCUGAGGGUCUAACAGUAGUGCCUGGUGUCUGUCUGAAGAAUGCAACGGAGGAGACAGGUGUUCCACCGAAGAUGCACUGCAGUCCCAGUGGGGAGUGGUUGGUGCCAGUGGGCAGGUGUAUAUGCAUCAUUGGUUUUGAAGAGGUCAAAGGAAGAUGUGUGGCCUGCCAGCCUGGAUUCUAUCGUCACUCUCUAGAAAUGGAACAGUGCCUCAAAUGUCCUCCCAAGAGCUUCUCCCGUUCUCCUGCUUCUACAAGCUGCCCCUGCAUCCAAGGCUUCUUUAGAACAUCCACGGAGGAUCAAACUGUGGCCUGCACAAGUCCUCCUUCUGCUCCACGCAAUCUCAACUUCUCCCUUGCGGGGACACAGAUUUCCCUUUGGUGGCAGCCUCCCCUUGAUCGGGGUGAGCGCCAGGAUCUUACUUACAAUGUUUCCUGCCAACGUUGCCAUUUUCUGGUGUGCGAACCUUGUGAAAGUAGUGUGACUUUUUCCCCCAGUGCUUUAGGACUCCCCAAACCAAGCGUGAUCGUGGAUGGUUUGGAAGCUUACACCAAUUAUAGCUUCACUGUACAGGCUCAUAAUGGAGUAUCAGGACUCAGCCCUGCCUCACAUAACAGCACCAGUUUCCCCACCUGGGUGUCUGUGGGCCAUGCAGCUCCAGUUGUGGUGACCAAUGUCAUUUUGGAUAAGCGGAAUGACAGCAGCCUCUCUGUGACUUGGCUCCCUUCCCGUCUUCGCAGCCAGAGCUCUGUGAACUAUGAGGUUUUGUACUUCGAGAAGGGAGAAGAAAAACACUACACCGUUCAUCAUCUUCAGAAACCUCACGUAACCCUGGCCAACCUGCAGCCUGACACAGCCUACCUGCUGCGUGUGCGCUCCAUCACACCGUUAGGACCUGGACCAUAUUCCCAGGAGCAGGAAUUCCGCACUCUGCCACAAGACACUGGUAUGCUGCCUGGAGGAGUGAUUGUGUCAAUCAUCUUUGGAAUCCUGUUGUUCCUUGGAUUGAUUACAGGACUCAUAAUCUUCCGUCGAAGACGAGCUCAUCAUCACCGAGCACGACCAUGUCACAAUGGCUACAACCGAGCUUUUAUUGCAGAUGAGAUGUGGUUGAAACCUUAUGUAGAUCUCCAACCAUAUGAGGAUCCCCGAAGGGGUGUCUUAGAAUUCACAAAGGAACUGGACCCAUCUAUUGUCUCCAUUGACACAGUUAUUGGUGAAGGAGAAUUUGGAGAGGUCUAUUGUGGUGCACUGCACUUCCCAGGGAAAGAACGUAUUAUUGUGGCCAUCAAGACCUUGAAGUCAACUUACUCAGAUUCAACCUGGUGGAAUUUCCUCCGUGAGGCAACUAUCAUGGGCCAAUUCAACCAUCCCAACAUUGUCCGGCUCGAGGGAGUUGUCACAAAACGGAAUCCAAUGAUGAUUAUUACAGAAUACAUGGAAAAUGGGGCUCUGGACACCUUUUUAAGGGAGAAUAUCGACAAGUUCAGCUCGGUGCAGUUGGUGACAAUGCUGCAGGGCAUUGCCUCAGGUAUGACCUAUCUCUCAGACCGCAACUAUGUACAUCGUGAUCUAGCUGCACGCAACAUCUUGGUAUCACACACCCUUCAGUGCAAAGUCUCAGAUUUUGGUCUUUCUCGAAUCCUGGAAAAUGAUGUGGAAGGAACAUAUGAAACAAAGGGUGGAAAGAUCCCUAUUCGAUGGACAGCUCCAGAGGCCAUUGCCAAUCGAAUCUUCACCUCUGCCAGCGAUGUCUGGAGUUUUGGUAUUGUCAUGUGGGAGGUGUUUUCAUAUGGAGACAAGCCCUAUGGGGAUAUGUCCAAUCAGGAGGUGAUGAAAAGCAUAGAAGAUGGGUAUCGACUCCCCCCACCAGUGGACUGUCCCUCUAUCCUUUAUGAUAUGAUGAAGGUGUGUUGGUCAUAUGAUCGGACACGGAGGCCACGUUUCCGGGAGAUCCAGGCUCAGCUAGACCACUUUCUUUCCAGCCCACAUUUGCUUCGAACUGUGGCUGAUUUUGACCCUCGGGUGACACUUCGACUUCCAAGCUGCAGUGGGUCUGAUGGGAUUCCUUAUCGGUCUAUCCCCGAGUGGCUAGAAUCCAUCCGCAUGAAACGCUAUAUCCUCAACUUCCAUACUGCUGGCCUGAACACAAUGGAAUCUGUCCUGGAUCUAUCUGCUGAGGACUUGAAGCAGAUGGGCGUGGGUCUUCCUGGCCACCAGAAGCGAAUUCUGUGCAGCAUCCAGGGAUUCAAAGAGUGAUACAUGCCAUCGUACGGUGCCAAGCAAGAGUUGCUGCCAUCUCCUUUUGCCGAAUAUUUUUUUUUUAAAGUGACCCUGUGGCAGACCUCCUGCAAAUCAGAAGCCAGAGGCAAACAGCUGCACCUUGGAACAUAAUGCACAGGCUGGGGCUGAGUAGCCUAGAACAGGAAAGGGCUUCCUGCGCAGGAAACCAAAGUGUUGCUGUUCACUUCUCACUCCUCCACUCUCGCAGAGGCUUCUGACUUGACAUGCUUUAUAGUUACUGAGGACGUAACAUGCCACUGUAAGGAAACACUGAAGUUAAAACCAUACCUACCUGGAAAGGACCUUUUCUGUUGCAAAAUCUAAGCCUCCAGAUAUUUGUGGCCAGAUAUCUAUUACAGUAUUGUUUGCAGAGAGCAUGAACGCCUGUCCUUGUCAAUUAGUGGGUUAGUUUUCAUCGUUCUAUCCAAGUUCAUGUUCCUUUGUAUAUAAGGCUUCUCUCUUUCUCUCUCUCUCUCUCUCUCUGCAAUCUACUCCUUAAGAGCAGAAAAGGCUUGUUUAAAGCAAACUAGCACUUGCUCUUGGGAGGUUUUUUUUUCCUCAAGUUGAGGACCUGCUUAUAUAUUUAAAAUAUCAGGAAGGGAUGGCAUAAGGGAGAAAACCCAAACCUGGAUUGAUCAUAUGUUGUAGAUAUGAUUUUGUAAAUAAACUCAUAACACA